AUGCCUCAGCCAUCCAUUACUCCACCAUGCCUCAGGCAUCCAUUAAUCCACCAUGCCCUCCAUUAUCCACUAUGCUCCACCAUGCCCCAGGUAUCCAUUACUCCACCAUGCCUCAGCCAUCCAUUACCCAAAUGCCCAGCCAUCCACACCCACCAUGCCUCAGCUAUCCAUUACUAUACCAUGCCUCAGCUAUCCAUUAUUCCACAAUGCCUCAGCUAUCCAUUAAUCCACCAUGCCUCAGCUCUUACUUACACCACCAUACCUCAGCUACCCAUUAAUCCACCAUGCCUCAGCUAUCCAUUAUUCCACCAUGACUCAGCUAUCCAUUACUCCACCAUAUCUCAGAUAUCCAUUAAUCCAGCAUGCCUAAGGUAUCCAUUACUGCACCAUGCCACAGCUAUCCAUUACUCCACCAUGACUCACCUAUCCAUUACUCCACCAUACCUCAGCUAUCCAUUAAUCCACUAA